UCCAGCUGCGACUCGGCUCGCCACGCCCUUCCUGCGGCCCAAUCGGCGUCUAAGGAGCCGUUCCCGAACUCGAGAGUCGCUGUGCCCUUCCUCGAGUGGCGAUCGCUGCCUGCGGGAUGGGGAGAGGGACGAUCCGGGCUCUGGCUGUGAGCGACGUCCGCUUCCCCACGUCUCUGGCCCAACACGGGUCAGACGCCAUGCAUCCAGAUCCAGACUAUUCCGCAGCCUACGUGGUCAUAGAAACGGACGCUCCCGAUGGCUUGAAAGGUUGUGGCUUUACAUUUACGCUGGGAAAAGGCACAGAAGUGGUUAUCAGUGCAGUCCAUGCACUGUCAAUUCAUAUCAUUAAUAAAGAUUUGGAUGACAUAAUCAGUGAUUUUCGAGGCUUCUACAGACAGCUCACCAGUGAUGGGCAGCUCCGAUGGAUUGGUCCUGAGAAAGGAGCCGUACAUUUGGCCACAGCUGCCAUUUUGAAUGCUGUCUGGGAUCUCUGGGCCAAACAAGAAGGAAAGCCUCUUUGGAAACUGCUGGUUGACAUGGACCCCAAGCAGUUGUUAUCUUGCAUAGAUUUCAGAUACAUUACUGAUGCAUUAACAGAAGAAGAAGCUUUUUCAAUUCUUCAAACUGGUUUGGCAGGAAAAAAAGAACGGGAAGAACAAAUGUUAAAAUAUGGCUACCCAUCUUAUACCACAUCAUGUGCCUGGCUAGGUUAUCCAGAUCACUGCCUAAAGCAGCUAUGCACUGAAGCUCUGAAGGAUGGAUGGACCAGGUUCAAAGUGAAAGUCGGAAAAGAUCUCCAGGAUGACAUUCGGAGAUGCAAAGUUGUUAGAGAAAUGAUUGGUCCUGAAAAUACACUGUUGUUGGAUGCUAACCAAAGAUGGGAGGUGGAAGAAGCCAUAGACUGGGUCACUGAACUAGCUGAGUUCAAACCGCUAUGGAUUGAAGAACCAACUUCUCCUGAUGAUAUUCUGGGGCAUGCAAGAAUUGCUAAGGCAUUAGCACCAUUAGGGAUUGGUGUUGCAACAGGAGAACAAUGCCAUAACAGAGUGAUGUUCAAGCAGUUCCUACAGGCUCAGGCUCUGAGCUACCUCCAGGUGGACAGUUGUAGGCUUGGAAGUGUCAAUGAAAACUUGUCUGUAUUGCUGAUGGCCAAGAAGUUUCAAAUUCCAGUAUGUCCUCAUGCAGGAGGCGUCGGACUCUGUGAGUUGGUCCAGCACUUAAUAAUAUUUGACUACAUUUCAGUAUCUGGCAGCCUUGAAAAUAGGAUGUGUGAAUAUGUAGAUCACUUGCAUGAACACUUCAAGUAUCCUGUAGUAAUCAUGAAUGCAUCUUACAUGCCACCCCAGGAUGCAGGAUAUUCCUCUGAAAUGAAAGAAGAUUCUGUAAAGAAAUACCUGUUUCCACAAGGAGAAAUCUGGCAGAAGUUAUUGUGUUCAUAACCCAACGUAAAACAAGUUUAUAUUCCAUUUUUCCCUAAAUGAAGAUAAAAUUCAGCUAUUUUUUACAUUGAUGUUAUAUUAAGAUAUAGGAGUCAAAUAAGUGCUUUUAAAAAGCUUUCUGUUCACACAAAACAAAAAUAGAUUGUAUUGCCAAUGAAUGUCCUUGAUCAGUUUAAAAAUAGGAGGCUUUUAAUAGCUAAGUUUAAAGAAGUUAGAUGAUUCAUCUGUCUUCAAGCUAUUCCAGAACUACAGGAUUAUAUAAUGGAAGAUUGCACUUUAAAAUGCAUCUGCCAAGAUUAAAUGUUCCAAGUAGUUUAACUGCAUGUCAUGAUGCAAUGUUUUCUAAGGUGGCUGUUCCUUAUAGAAAAUAAAGUUGAAAGACUGAAUCUAGAUAUUUAAAUUCUGGUGAACACUUAACAUAGAAUAGGAAUUGGACCAACAGUUUGGACAGAUGGCAGUGAUGGUAGAUUGUAGUCAUGAAAACAUUCAUCAAUUUUUUGAAGUCAACAGUGAAAAUAAUUUAUUCUUCUAGUCAGAAAACAAUUCUUUUGAGACCUUAAUGGGGGUAUCAGCAAUAGAUGAGCUAGAUGUUGAGCUAACGAGUACACUUGUAACUUGAAUUCUUUCACAGAAUGGCUCUACUGGAAAGGCAUGUUCUUCUUGGUGGGGUGAUCAGUAGCAGAAAUACCUAAUUUCCUGAGAUUGGACUGUUGGUUCUUCCUAUUUUAUCACCCACAUCUAUGUAAUUCAGGCCAUAAGAUUCUUAAUAGAGAAUAUUUCUAUACACUUGCAGAGUAUAGAAGUAGAGCUCAUUAACAGAAUCCUUUAUAAACUUGCUAUAUUUGAAGUAGAAAUCAUGCUCAUUCUUCUAAAUAAAAAAAUGCUAAAAUAUG